AUGCAGGUAUUCAUCCCUGCCACGCGAUCGAUCCGCAAGGGUUCCCUGCAGGAGGAGAGGCCAAUCGAACCUACAGAGGAAGUAGACCACGAGAGGGCUAGAAAUCCGAUCAUCCCAAUUGCAGAGGAUAUACCCCCCAUGCGACUAGAUUGGAAUCCACCGAUGAACAGAAGUGCGAGCAACAGUUUUGCCAAUACUUGGAGAAAUCUGGAGGCAGAUCAAGACCCCCUGCGACCGCUAACCGAUCCAUUAAUGAGCACGAAGUCCGGGAUCGACACAAGCACAUCCACCCCGAACACAACUCCUCCUUUGUACUAUGGCGAGACAUUGGACAUUAUGAGCUUCCCAUUUGACACCCUAGUACGGCAAUCUUCAGAAACCAGAGAUCACUUCGGUAUAGAUCAAUGGUCUGAAAUACUCAUGAGCGAUGUACCAACCUUGACCCUCAGCCGCAGUUUUUCAACAAACACAGCUACGUCAAUACCCAGAAUGACUGGCCCUGAGAUAUCUCCCCCAGCAUCAUCUAGUGGGUGGUUGCAGCUGCACGAGGUCAUUACGAGCCAAGUCCAGUUCGUUACUUCACAGGUCAAAUCCAUUGACUUCGAACAUUUCCAUCAAGCGUGGCCAUUUUUACACGUUCCCACUUUUGCACCCGAAAAGCAGACUAAUCUGUUGACAAGUGCGUUGGCCAGCCUAUUAAUGUGGAUGCAAAAUAUUAACCAUCACCAUCUGGUACCGUGCGCAAUCAACCAGGAACUAACAUGGGCACUAAUGCCUAAGAUAACGGAACAAGCCUUGACAGCAGACCCAACAACUGACAUAUCAUUACCAACUCUACAAGCAUUGGUCAUCACCUUAAUCUAUGCGAUUCUCGGAGAUGCACCUGCAUCUAGUUUGAACUGGGCAGCACAGUGGACCGAUAUCGCAAUCUUCACUUUGCGACGGCUCGGUGUCUUGGAUGAUCGCUGGCACCCGGAAGAACACGUACAAUCCGCUGACGAUCGAUGGGUCCAAGCUGAGGAGAUGAGACGGUACACCCCGAGCUUUUCCCCAUAUCUACAACCACACACUUUCUAA